GGCACAAGAAAGACCAUAACCCAAAACUUCAUCCCUCCCAUCUUCCUUAACAUCAUCCUCCUCCUCCUUCAUUGGAGAUGGCGGCAGCUGCUGCGGUUUCCGCUGCACUCUCCACUCUCCACCAUUUUAGUCUGUCCAAUCUCACACGUACCCGCUGUCACUUCCGUACACUUAACCUUUCUUUCUCCAUCUCCGCCUCCUCUUCCUCCUCCUCCACCUCUCCUCGUACUGAAUUCAACAUCACCUUCGCUCCAGACAAACCCAAACCCAAUCCUUCUACCUUAACAAACGAGACAUCCGAUGAGAACGACCUCCGCGGUCAGAUGUUCAUCCCAUGGAUCACUCGCGACGAGAACGGCAAUCUUAGUAUGCAGACCAGUCCUCCGGCUCAUCUUCUCCAUGCCUUGGCACAUGCCAAGACUCAAUCUACUAAGAAGAAGAAGAAACCCGAAACCUCAAAGAAACAAGCUGCAUCGAUAGAGCCAAAACAUUCAAAAGCUGCACGGCGAUUUUAUAAUGAAAAUUUCAGAGAUCCACCUCAAAGACUCAGUAAAGUUCUCGCUGCUGCUGGAGUGGCAUCAAGGAGGAGCAGUGAAGAACUUGUUUUUGAAGGCAAGGUUACUGUUAACGGGUCUGUCUGCAAUACACCCCAGACCAAAGUUGAUCCAGCAAGGGAUAUGAUUUAUGUUAAUGGAAACCGUCUCCCAAAGAAGCUGCCUCCGAAAGUCUAUCUUGCUUUAAACAAGCCUAAAGGGUAUAUAUGCUCUGCAGGGGAAAAGGAAACUAAAUCUGCUCUAUCCUUGUUUGAUGAUUACUUGAAGACUUGGGACAAGAGAAAUCCUGGGCAACCUAAACCAAGACUUUUCACUGUUGGACGGCUUGAUGUUGCCACAAGUGGAUUGAUCAUAGUGACAAAUGAUGGUGAAUUUGCUCAAAAUAUUUCACAUCCUUCGGCUAACUUAUCCAAGGAGUAUAUUGCAACCAUAGAGGGUACAGUCAAUAAGCGACAUCUAGUUACGAUAUCUGAGGGAACCAUGAUUGAUGGUGUUCAGUGCACACCAGAUGCCGUGGAGCUACUGCCUCAACAACCAGAAUUAAAAAGACCUCGUAUACGUGUUGUGGUUCAUGAAGGAAGGAACCAUGAAGUGCGUGAACUUGUAAAGAAUGCUGGUCUUGAGAUUUAUUCGCUAAAGAGAAUACGAAUAGGCGGUUUCAGGCUUCCAGCUGAUUUAUCGCUUGGGAAGUAUAUAGAACUAAAACAAUCCAAUUUGAAUGCUCUUGGCUGGAAAAGAGAUAAAUAAUGCAUCUUUUUUCAUCUCUGUUUCAUCCACAUGUACAAUUAGGUACCAAAAUAUUAGAGUUUUCAAUUUAAUUUUGUACCAAACAAACAUAUUAAUAUUAUUAAUAUUAUUAUUGUUCAUACAACCGUGCAUGUUUAUCA